AGGGUUAUUAUGGAGGAGACGAGGCUGUUUCGUCCGUUAGUUUUACUAACUGCUCUUUUCCAGUCUCGCUUUUCCACGGAGGAGUUCAGGAUGAAUCCCACCUUGGUCCUCUUCUCUACACGUUAUCCUCACGACAGUCUUUUGAAAUCUGGACUAUAUGAGUAUAAACUCUAUGGUAUUCUUAAUGACUGUGCCCCAGAGCUGUGUGCCGAUGUCUACACGGAUUUAAACUACAGACCAAAAUGGGACCAGUUUGUUAGAGACAUAUGUGAAAAAACACAUGAUGGCAGACCAGCUAUCUACUGGGAAGUGAAGUUCCCAUUUCCCUUAACAAACAGAGAUUAUGUUUUUACUCGUGAGCGUCGAGAUAUGGAAGUUGAUGGGAGGAAGAUCUAUGUUAUAUUGGCUAAAAGUGUGCAGACUAAUAAAUUCCCAGAAAAGUCUGGUAUUGUUCGAGUAAAAGCUUAUAGACAAGGUGUAGCAUUUGAAAGCGAUGGCAAGAAAGGAUCCAAAGUUUUCAUGACCUAUUUUGAUGAUCCUGGUGGCAAGCUUCCUUCAUGGCUGGUCAACUGGGCAACUAAGACUGGAGUGCCUAACUUCUUAAAAGACAUGCAGAAAGCUUGCCACACUUAUCGCAAGAAAUAAACUUCCCCAUGAAUUCAAUCAAAAUUAAUGGUUUAACGGUAUAUCUUCCAAAGAUGGAUACUGGCAUGGAUAAUCAGUCAUGACAAAACACUGAAUAACAUCUGACCUCUGGAAAAAUUAAUGGUUUAACGGUAUAUCUUCCAAAGAUGGAUACUGGCAUGGAUAAUCAGUCAUGACAUAACACUGAAUAACAUCUGACCUCUGGGAUGGUAAUCAUGAUCCAUGUAAGUCCCAACACAUAUGACAGUAAAACAUAUUAAACUUUCUGGUUUUCAUU